CUGAUCAUGGUCCUCAGGUCCCUGCUCCUCCUCUACGUCCUAGUCUGGGUCUGUUCACCUGGACACAGUCAGAACCGGUCCAUCUCAACAGAACAGACUGGACCAGAACCAGGACCAGAACCAGGACCAGGACCAGGACCAGUUUCCUCACAGAGACUCCAGCUGAUCCAGGAUCAAGUCUGUCCUGUUCCUGCUCUUCCUUCAGAUGGAAACUCGACUCAGAACCAGAAUCUUCUCAACGUGACGUUGUCUGAACACUCGACUUUCUCCGGACUCUUCGGUUUCAGCGACCUGGCCGGGGUCCGAUCCUUCAGCCCAGAGAUGGAGAUGGAGACCCGGAUCAUCGGGGGCCAGGAGGCCUGGGCCAACUCGUGGCCCUGGCAGGUGUCCCUCCAGAUGGCCUCCAUGUCGGCCUGUGGAGGAGCCAUCAUCGGCGCCUGGUGGGUCGUCUCCGCCGCCCACUGCUUCAGGAGAUACAACAAAGCUUCUUACUGGACGGUUCUGGCAGGAAAACACGACCUGGACAAUCGUCAUGAAUCUCAGCAGCAGCUGGUUGGCGUCUCCAGGAUCGUGUCCCAUCUCAACUACAGCGUCCGGACUAAAGAGGGCGACGUGGCUCUGCUGAAGCUGCAGCAGCCGCUGGUUUUUAACCGGUUUGUCCGACCCAUUGACGUCUGGAUGAGUCCGCUGCCUCAGACCAGGAAGUGCUCCGUCACCGGCUGGGGCUCCACCCGAGAGAACGGUCCUCGAGUCCACAGACUGCAGGAGGUCAACGUCACCAUUCUGUCCUCAGACACCUGCAACCAGUACUACCACGGCAGGAUCCGGUCCUCCAUGUUCUGUGCUGGGAAAGAUGAAGGAGGUGUCGACGCGUGCCAGGGGGACUCUGGCGGUCCUCUGUCCUGCUACACUGGGACCAGGUAUGAGCUGGCGGGUGUGGUGAGCUGGGGGGUGGGCUGUGGUCGGGCCAAGAGACCAGGCGUCUACACCAGCGUCCAACGGCAUACCGGCUGGAUGUCCAACGUCAUGAAUGAUGAGACGUUUGAAGACGACGAGUCCUCAACUGAAGAGUCCAGGUGUGGGAGGCAGCAGAGCUCUGGCUGUGAUCAGACUCCGGCCUUCGCUGGACUCUCGGUGUCCCCGGACGGUGAGGUGUCCGUGGGGAACGUGACGGAGUCCUGCCCCUUCUCCUGGCCCUGGAUGGUCAGUCUUCAGUCCAACGGCCGACACUUCUGCAGCGGAGCUUUAAUCCACCGCCGCUGGGUCCUCACGGCCAAACACUGCAGCGUCAGAGCCAAAGAGGACGUGGUGGUUCUCGGGGUCCAUGACCUCAAGUUCUUGGCGAUCCAGUCUAUCGUGGUGGACGAGGUUUUCAAUCCACCGCAGGAUGCCGGCUUCCCUCCAAAGUCUGACCUGUCCCUGCUGCACCUCAGCGUGGACGCCAGAUUUAGUUCUGGUGUGUCUCCAGUUUGUGUCCCUGAGGAGGACGAGGAUCUAAACGACAGCUGGUUCUGUGUCACGGCCGGAUGGGGAGAAACUAAAGCAGCAGGACAUGUUGAUCCAGACCGGUUGCACCAUGUUGGACUGACCCUCGUCAAGGAGACGUCUUGCAGACAGAAGUGGGGAGGAUUCAUCUGUGAUGCUCACGUCUGUUUCCAUCCUGCAGGCUCCACCUCCUGCCUGGGUGACGCUGGAGCUCCUCUGUUCUGUCAGAAACAUGGAGCCUAUUUUCUGUUCGGCCUGGUCACAUGGGGCAGCCAGAGCUGUGAUGGAGAGAAACCAGCCGUGUUCACCAGAGUCCCAGAUUAUCAGUCAUGGAUCGAUGAGGUGACUGAAGACAUCUGAAAAUAAACUGCUCUACGUCUCCUUUCUCCACCCUCAUGAGGAUAAAUCAUACACUCUGGAGUCUUUCUUGAGUCAGGAUCUUCUGUCCGAGAUGUUUUCUGUGUUCGCUGCUUAUGACUCAACAAUAAAUUCACAUUUGAAGGA